AUGGCAAUGUUGUUUCAAUCGAAAUAUGCUGGGUUGAAGCAAGGAGUUAGUAGUUCUUAUGAAGCAGUACAGACUGUACAAUCUGAUAUUGACUUCCAGGAAUUUUGCUUGCAAGUGUUAUUAGAGUGCGUGAGCAAGGACAGGCCGGCCCUUUUACAGGUUUAUUUGUCAUUAUACACUACAAUUGGGUAUAUGGCGGAUGAGAUUACUAGUGAUAUUUCCUUUUUAGGCGACUCACUCUUCCUCUCUAGUUUAAAGCUUGCACUGGCCUACAAUGAAGCUUUGCUAAAUGGAAGGAUUUUAACUUCAAGAGGGAGCAUUGUUCUAGCUAUUUUCCUAGGUUCACUCAGAAAGCGGGUGGAAGAGAUUCUGAAUUGCUUUGCAGGAUUGGAAAAUCAUUUCUCCAAUUAUUUGAAGUCAGGGAGAUGGCCAAGUGAAAUAUCGGACGAGGGGAAGCCGUCAACACUUCUUUCUUGGUAUCUCCAGUGGUACAGCAUACCUACACCAACUGUUAUCAAGACAGCACUGGAAAAAAUCAAGCCUAUACGCACAACCACAUCGGUUCCUUUGUUGCGUCUGUUACUCCCUGGAACUCACAUCAGUGCAAUUGAUGAGAUCAAUAAACUCUUCUUGUCUUCCGAGGUCAAUGGUUGA